AUCAAAACGGAUCAGAAAAUUCAAGCAACACAAAUCAAAAUCGUCCCCUAUAUACCCCAUCACUCGUCUCACCACGGUUCUAAAUCCAUUAACUAGCCAAGUUCAAAACAUAUCCUAGGUAUUCACUUAAACCUAGGCUCUCACAUCACAAAAUUUUAAUCAAACCUAAGCUCUGAUACCACUAAAUCUGUCACGCCCCAGAACCCAAAUCCAGGAACGCGACAGACGCCGUGCACUCGUGAGACGGGUUCCACGAAUGCACAAGACUCGGAACUUAUUCAAAUCACAAACUAAUACCAUCAAAAUCUGAAAAUCAAAUUAUAAAAUCUCUUUGAUAUCAUAAAUCUCCAAUAAAAUCUCCAAAUACAAGAUCAUGAUUUAUUGCUAAAUCUAUGCUCAAUCUCAAAAUGGCUAGCCUUCUAACUCGUCCCUCCCCUCGGUUUCCCCCAUCCUCAGUAUCGCUUCCUGAAAUGGUGGACAAGGAAAACUAUGAGAUAACUCAGUAAGUAAUUAUGGAUAGCCCUUGGGUAAAACUUUGAAGCAUGCCAGACAAACCAUAUAAGCGUAACAGACUUUUAAUGAUAAACCAUUAAUGCGGAAAUCGGAUUCAGUUCAAUAACAAAACGUUUCAUGACAAACCGUUACAUGCAGAAGAAAACUCAGUUCAGUAGUCUCAUCUAUAAGUCAUGGCCAGUGUUUACAAACUCCCAUUGGCAGGCGUCAGUAAUGGUACCAGUGUUUACAAACUCCCAUUGGUAGGCGUCAGUAAUAGUGCCAGUGUUUACAACUCCCACUGGCAGGCGUCAGUAAUAGUGCCAGUGUUUACAACUCCCACUGGCAGGCGUCAGUAAUAGUGCCAGUGUUUAACCCCAUAGGCAGGGUGAACCGAUUCCACAGAAAUACAUGUUGACAUGUGCU